AUGUCUCCCGCUACGUCUCUGCCAUGGCAGCAGUUCUGCCAUGCUUGUUACUUCCCUCUCGCCCUUCUCUUGUGCUGUGUCUCGACAGCGCUGGCCCAGCUAAAUAAUGAGACUUCUCCGACCUCCGUCUUCUUUUCACGUCCCGAUCUUCACCCUCCGGCCAUCCACCUGGAGAUCCUGAAGCCUGAAGCCGUCACACCUGGGUACAUUUUCCUCGCCCCAUACCGCAAUAUCGACUCCGGGCCUUACAUAUACGACAACUAUGGAAACCUCGUCUGGUCUGGCGCCGGCACCUCUGGAGCCUCUACCGCCCACGCGCCUCGAGUCUGCCGGUACCAUGGCGCCGACCAUCUGUGUUGCUUCCAAGGCAAUCAGCAUCACGGCUUCGCAAGGGGACGAGGCAUCAUCAUCGACCAAAAUUACCGCGUGGUCAAGACAGUCGAAAGCAGUGGCUCAGCGCCUCCGAGCGACAUGCACGAGUUCCGCCUCCUAGAUGAGGGAAGGAGGGCAUUGCUGACGGCCUACCAACCUCGGACGUACGAUUUGAGCGCUUAUGGUAUAGGCGGAGGCAUGGGUUGGAUUACUGACGGCGUGUUUCAAGAGGUGGAUGUCGAGACUGGCGAGCUGAUGUUCGAAUGGCGCAGCCUGGAUCACAUAUCUCCAACCGCUAGUUACACCAUGGCGGGGACUACCGAUACAAGUGGAAACGGGCUAGCGGAGGACACGCCCUGGGACUACUUCCACAUCAACUCCAUCGACAAAAACGACGAGGGCGACUACCUGAUCUCGGCCCGCCAUAUGCAUUGCAUAUACAAGAUAUCCGGACAAGAUGGUCGCGUGCUGUGGCAGUUGCAUGGGGCAAAUUCCGACUUCCGCUUGAAUGAUUUCAAUUUCUCGAGCCAGCACCACGCGCGGUGGUUGAAGGAGAACGUUACACACACCAUCCUGUCCUUGUUCGACAACGCCAGCAACACCUUCAACAUCACCAACAAAUGGUCACGAGCGAUGGUUGUUAGUAUCGAUCACGUUCACAGGACAGCAUAUCUACUAUACACCUGGGAAGCUCCAGAUCAGGAAGGCGGUGUAUCCGCCGGCUCGCAGGGAAACUUCCAGCUGCUCCCGAAUGGCCAUGCCUUUAUAGGCUGGGGGGACCAUGCAUAUUUCUCUGAGCACUCUGAUAUAGGGGAGCCUGUACUGUAUGGAAAAUUAGCCUACUGGGGCUCCAACGUCAUGAUGUAUCGCUGCUACAAAUCCAACUGGACAGCGACUCCAAGGACUUCGCCCACAAUCUGGACCUACUCGCGUACGGGCAAUAACGAUUCUGGUUUGGUGUCCUACGUCUCAUGGAACGGCGCGACCGAGGUUCAUUCCUGGAAAUUUUAUGCCGGCGAUACCGCCAAGGGCCCCUGGAAGAUGAUUAGCAGCGCCAUCAAGACGGGUUUCGAGACGUCCACCAGAAUCCUGGAAGUUUACAAUUACACCUUCGCCGAAGCGAUUGAUCGGCACGGCAAGCAGAUGCGCCGUUCCUCGGUUGUCAGGACGUUCAUCCCCUCUGCUGCACUCUCACCCUCAUGCGACAACUCCGGUUGCAACGGAAUACACCCAGCGGAAGGACAAGACAUGACAGGCAAGAAUCCAGGAGUUGUGAAUGUGACACUUGAGACCGAUCUUGAUUCUUCCUCGUAUUAUCCUCACUCACAGCAUCGUCAUGGAACUGGAGGGACCGUUGCAGCGACUCUGCUGGGUGCAUCGUUUGCCGGGCUGCUUUUGACAUGGUUGUACCGGCGCAAGGAGCAUUUGGGGCUCGACAGGGGUUUCCAGUAUCACGGAUUGCGCGAGUGGUACCUUAGAUCUCUUAACCGUUAUGGAUUGCGGAAGCGGUUCCUAGAGGGUUAUUCGAAGGUGCGUGAGGCGGAGGCGUAG